CGGUCCGGCCGGGAGGGCGGGGCGGCCGAAGGGAAAGGAGGUGGGGAGGUAGUGGCCCGCGACUCUCUGAGACCCGCUCGCGCCCCGGCCUUUCCCGGGCGCUCGGCCUCCUUCUUUCCCUCCUCCGUUCUUCCGUACGCGCCGAGCGCUGCGCUCGGCCGGCGUGCCUCGCGCCCUAACGGGCGGCCGGGGGCGCCAAUCAGCGGGCGGCAGGGUGCCAGCCCCGGGGCUGCGCCGGCGAAUCGGCGGGGCUCGCGGCCCGGGGUGGGAGGCGGGUCUACCGCUCGGCCGCGGCGGCGGAGGAGCAGCUCCCAGCCAGCAUCCAGCGAGCGCCGAGCGAGCCGCCCGGAGGUGGGUGCGCCGCGCCGCUGCGGCCGGCAGCGGAGGGCGCAGGGCGGAAGCGGAGGUUAGAUUAAGGAGGAUAUUUUCUUAGAGUGGAUCGCUGCCUUUGGUAAGAACAUGUCGUCCAUCUUGCCAUUCACUCCACCAGUUGUGAAGAGACUGCUGGGAUGGAAGAAAUCAGCGGGUGGAUCUGGAGGAGCAGGUGGUGGAGAGCAGAAUGGACAGGAAGAAAAGUGGUGUGAGAAAGCAGUUAAAAGUUUGGUGAAGAAGCUAAAGAAAACAGGACGAUUAGAUGAGCUUGAGAAAGCCAUCACCACUCAAAAUUGUAAUACUAAAUGUGUUACCAUACCAAGCACUUGCUCUGAAAUUUGGGGACUGAGUACACCAAAUACGAUAGAUCAGUGGGAUACAACAGGCCUUUACAGCUUCUCUGAACAAACCAGGUCUCUUGAUGGUCGUCUUCAGGUAUCUCAUCGGAAAGGACUGCCGCAUGUAAUAUAUUGCCGAUUAUGGCGUUGGCCUGAUCUUCACAGUCAUCAUGAACUCAAGGCAAUUGAAAACUGCGAAUAUGCUUUUAAUCUUAAAAAGGAUGAAGUAUGUGUAAACCCUUACCACUACCAGAGAGUUGAGACACCAGUUUUGCCUCCAGUGUUAGUGCCACGGCAUACUGAGAUCUUAACAGAACUACCACCUCUGGAUGAUUAUACCCACUCCAUUCCAGAAAACACUAAUUUCCCAGCGGGAAUUGAGCCACAGAGUAAUUAUAUCCCAGAAACGCCACCUCCUGGAUAUAUCAGUGAAGAUGGAGAAACAAGUGAUCAACAGUUGAACCAAAGUAUGGAUACAGGAUCUCCAGCAGAACUAUCUCCUACUACUCUUUCCCCUGUUAAUCAUAGUUUGGAUUUGCAGCCUGUUACUUACUCAGAACCUGCAUUUUGGUGUUCAAUAGCGUAUUAUGAAUUAAACCAGAGGGUUGGAGAGACCUUCCAUGCAUCACAGCCCUCACUCACCGUAGACGGCUUCACAGAUCCAUCAAAUUCAGAGAGGUUCUGCCUAGGUUUACUCUCUAAUGUCAACAGAAAUGCUACAGUAGAAAUGACAAGAAGACAUAUAGGAAGAGGAGUGCGCUUAUAUUACAUAGGUGGAGAAGUUUUUGCUGAGUGCCUAAGUGAUAGUGCAAUAUUUGUGCAGAGCCCCAAUUGUAAUCAGAGAUACGGCUGGCACCCUGCAACAGUGUGUAAAAUUCCACCAGGCUGUAACCUGAAGAUCUUCAACAACCAGGAAUUUGCUGCUCUUCUGGCUCAGUCUGUUAAUCAGGGUUUUGAAGCCGUGUAUCAGCUAACUAGAAUGUGCACCAUAAGAAUGAGUUUUGUGAAAGGGUGGGGAGCAGAAUACCGAAGGCAGACAGUAACAAGCACUCCUUGCUGGAUUGAACUUCAUCUGAAUGGACCUCUACAGUGGUUGGACAAAGUAUUAACUCAGAUGGGAUCCCCUUCAGUGCGUUGCUCAAGCAUGUCAUAAAGCUUUGUCACCAGUCAAGUCCCAUCAAAAGACUUAAUGUACCAACUCUUCUGUCCUAGUAUUUGUGUGUGGUCCCCGUGGACUGUUUACUAUCCAAAAAUUCAAGAGAAAACAGCACUUGAGGUCUCAUCAAUUAAAGCACCUUGUGGAAUCGGUUUCCUAUGUUUGAAUAUUAGAUGGGAAAAUUAGUGUCUAGAAAUACCCUCCCAUAAAGGAGGAAGAGAAGAUUUUAAAGACUUACUGAUGUCUUGUUGGGCAUAAAACUGAGUGUCCCAAAGGUUUAUUAAUAACAGUAGUAGUUAUGUGUACAGGUAAUGUAUCAUGAUCCAGUAUCACAGUAUUGUGCUGUUUAUAUACAUUUUUAGUUUGCAUAAAUUAGGUGUGUGUGUGCUGCUUCUUGAUUUAGGCAAGCCUUUAUAAAGUUACAGUACCUAAUCUGUUAUUCCCACUUCUUUGUUAUUUUUGUGUGUCUUUUUUAAUAUAUAAUAUAUAUCAAGAUUUUCAAAUUAUCAUUUAGAAGCAGAUUUCCCUUGUAGAAAAACUAAUUUUUCUGCCUUUUACCAAAAAUAAACUCUUGGGGGAAGAAAAGUGGAUUAACUUUUGAAAUCCUUGACCUUAAUGUGUUCAGUGGGUCUUAAAUAUUCAUUCUUUUUGUGUUUGUUUACUUACUGCUAAAACCUUACGGAAAUCUUUCCAAACCUCUCCUCCGUUUCCACUUUUGUCCUGAUACCAAAACAGUGUAGCGUGACAUCCAUCACCAAUAAUGGUUGUACUGAUACCGCCAGCACCAGUUAAUUCUGGGGUACGGUAACAAAUCAUAUGGAGUAAGUCCCUUUGUCUUACACCAAAUUUCAGUUUCAGCAGAUGAUAAUAGACUUGUGUAACCUAGCAGUCUUUUGAUUUAUCUUUACACCUCAUAAAAAAUGCACAGGUGACAGUAUAAUUAUUUUCAGGGAUAUGCUACAAUUAUUUCAAU